AUGGGCCCUGGUCCUACAGUUCCGACUCAAAGACCAUUUCACAGUUAUUCGUCUUUCUUUUUGGCUCAUAUAGUCAUCGACUUCGUCAUCUCUACGCCAGCAAUUCUUUCAAACGCCAUUCUACUUAUUACCAUCUUCAGAGAUUCUCGUCGGCAGAAGCAACUAUGUAAGUCAUCAUUUACACUUCUUGUAAUGAACUUAAGUCUGUGUGAUUUCAUCUCGGGAGCUGUUCCUGGAUGCGGGAGCCUGUACUACGAUUAUAUGAUAUUCCACACCAGAACUGAUGAAAAACUUGUGGGAAUCCGAGUCAUGAUAAUAACCACUGGCAUUAUAACAAAUGUUGUUGGAUCAUGUACUGUAAUGGCGAUGUCAUUUGAUCGUUUGUUUGCAAUGGAAUCACCUCUGCGAUACAAAACGCAAGUUGACGUUGCUAAAAAGAAAACGAAAAUUUUCAUCAUAGCGGUUUGGAUCUAUGCCUUGCUCUUUGUUGGUCUUUCUCGUAUCGGAAUUUCUCAGGAAAUUUCAACUUUGCUAUAUUGUCAUCUUCACCUAUCCCUUCCGUUAAUCAUUCUCGCUGUGGUUUUCUGGGAAUCGUAUCACGCUCUCCGCUUGCACACAAAUCAAGUGAGAACUUUGUCUCCUACAGAUGAACCGAUGUUCUACGCGCACAGGAAAAGGGAAAGAAAAGUUUUAAAGGCAAUUCUCAUCGUGCUGGCUUUGUUUUACUUAACAUUUACGCCGCAGUUUAUAGCUCUCAACAUAACCUUUUUUCGUCCACGAAUGAAAACUGAGGUUGGCUUUCGAUCCUUUCUUUACACCGCAAAUAAGAUUCUUUUGAUAAGCAGUAGUAUUAAUCCUUUUAUCUACGCAUGGAGAAUCCCGAAAUACAGAAGAGCCUUUAAGGCAAUUUUUAAAAGGGGCAGUAUGUCUAAUCAACAAAUCAGUAAUAUUGCUUCUCUUACCAUUUCAUCACGCGAUGCACGAUCGGAAGGUUCUUUGGAUACAAGUGUUGUUAGUGAAUGA